AUGAUGAGGACAGUCUUCAGCCUGGUUCUUGUCAGCUCCCUUUUUGUACUCAAAAGCGGAGCACUGCAGUGUUACACCUGUGUAGGUUCUAGUGAUGAAGACUGUAACAGACAAGGAACUCAGCAAUGUCCAGGGCAUUCAGAUGCGUGUGCCGUCAUUAGAGGACAAGCAAGUGGCAUCAUGAAGUCCUGUUCGUUCAGGUCCUUCUGCGAGCGGGCAAGGAGGGACGGAUCCAGAGCGCCUGGAGUGAGCGUUCACUGCUGCUACUCUAACAACUGCAAUGCAAAAAGCCUGGCUUCAAGAGUCACCACCUCCGCGAGCUACGUCUCUCUCCUCGGCUUUACAUUGCUGUGGCACCCGUUGUUGAAGCUGACAUGA